AUGGGUGUAUUCGCAAUUCUAUGUAAUCUUGUAGUAUUACUAUAUCGCUGGAACGUUAAAAUAGAACAGAAAAGCGUUCCAAGCUUUUUAAUCUUAAACUUAGCUUUCGCUGAUUUUAUGAUGGGAGUUUAUUUAAUAUCAAUUGGUAUAGCUGAUCGCUAUAUGCAAGGUAGAUAUGCUAAAGAAGAGAAAACAUGGCUACAUAGCCCAUAUUGCAAAAUUUGCGGAAUAAUAAGCUCAAUAUCAAGUGAAAUGUCGGUUUUUACCCUAUUAAAUAUGACUAUAGAUCGUUAUUUAUGGAUUGUUUAUCCAUUUUCUAUCAACAAACUGGGAAUAAGAAAAGCCAAAUUCAUUAUGUUUUGUGCUUGGCCUACGACAUUACUGAUCUUUUUAGCACCAGCAUUUUCACAAUUAAUGCCCUACUUCAGUGGAUUUUACUCCUCGUCUAGCGUAUGUCUACCCUUCAGCUUAUCGCCAGCUCGUAAUACCGCUUGGCUGUACACUUUAUGCUUAUUUAUAUUUUGCAAUACAGUUAUUUUUAUCAUUAUACUUACAUUAUAUUUAAAUAUGUUCAUCGUAAUUAAACGAACAAAUCAAGCUGUUCAAUCAACUGAUGCUCUCAAUCAACGCCGAAUUAUGAUUCAAAUGAUGCUGAUCGUAUUUACUGAUCUUGCCUGCUGGUUACCAGCUAUUGUUUUAGCAAUAUUAACAUUUUUCGGUGUCAAUAUUGGUGCUCGAACAUUUUCGUACUACGCCGUACUAGGCUUACCUAUUAAUUCAGCAAUUAAUCCGAUACUAUACACAGCGACGACAAAAAGUUUUAAAGAAAGAUUAAUGAGG